CAACCACACCCGAACCAGAAAAAGAAAAAGAAAGUUUUUAUCCUCCAGAUUAAGCCCAAAAGAAAAAGAUAUUCGAUGGAGUCAACUUCAUCGUCCGAGUCCAAGAUCGCCACGGCCAAGGCGGUGUUCUCGGCCGCCGCAUCCGUCACGGCCACGGUGAUGCUUGCCCGCUCCAUCGCCCAGGAUCUGCUCCCCUACGACUUCCAGUACUACAUCUCCUCCGCCGUCCACGGCUUCCUCGCCCGCUUCUCCUCCCAGCUCACCCUCGUCAUCGAGGAGUACGACGGCCUCGUCAGCAACCAGAUCUACGAUGCUGCGCAGAUCUACCUGUCCGCCAAGAUCUCCCCCACCACUCGCCGUCUGCGGGUUGCCAAGCCCGAAGGCGAGGACAACCUCAAUGUUUCGAUGGAGCCCCACGAGGAGGUUGUAGACAUAUUCGGCGGUGCCAAGCUCAGGUGGGUCAUGUCCUCGAGGAGGGUCGAGACAGGUUUCGGAGGUGGCCGAGGGAGGUGGAGGAUGAUGGACCCGGUCGCCACGGAGUCCGAGGCCCGCUUCUUCGAGCUCAGCUUCCACAAGAAGCACAAGGACAUGGUGAUGAGCACGUAUCUGCCCCACGUGGUGGAGGAGGCCAAGUGGAUGAGGCAGGACAAGAAGACGCUGAAGCUGUUCACGCCGUGCUGGGAGAACAUGUAUGGCGGCAGCCCCUCCGAUGCGUGGACCCCGGUUAACCUCGACCACCCUGCGACGUUCGACACGCUCGCAAUGGAGGCGGGGACCAAGGAGUUCAUCAUGGAGGACUUGAUGAGGUUCGUCAAGAGGAGAGAGUUCUACAGGAAAGUAGGCAAGGCGUGGAAGAGGGGGUACUUGCUGUACGGACCGCCGGGGACAGGGAAGUCGAGCUUGAUUGCAGCGAUGGCGAAUUACUUGAAGUUCGACAUUUACGACCUUGAGCUGACGGAGCUGACCCGGAACUCGGAGUUGAGGAAGCUACUGGUGGCGACGGCAAACCGGUCAAUCCUGGUGGUGGAGGACAUCGACUGCACCAUUGCGUUCCACGACCGCAUGGCUGAGGCUCGGGCGGCAAGCCCCUCAUCCGGCGGGGAACCGGAGAACCAGGUGACAUUAUCAGGCUUCCUUAAUUUCAUCGACGGGCUUUGGUCAAGCUGCGGCGACGAGAGGAUUAUAAUCUUUACCACGAAUCAUAAAGAAAAGCUUGAUCCGGCACUUCUCCGACCGGGUCGUAUGGAUGUCCAUAUUCACAUGUCUUACUGCACCCCGUCUGGGUUUAGACUCCUGGCUUCAAACUACAUCGGCGUCAAGGAUGACGUUCUUUUUGGAGAGAUCGAGGAUUUGAUCCGCACAGCUGAAGUCACUCCUGCCGAAGUCGCGGAGCAAAUGAUGAAGAGCGAGAAGCCCCAAGAUGCGUUGAGAGACGUGAUUGAGUUCCUCAAGAUAAAGAUCAAGGAAAAUGAGGAGCUCAAAGCCAAGGAGGCUGAGCAAAAAUUGUUGGCAGAGAAAGAGGGAAAAGUGGAGGUACAAGAGGUACAAAAUACGAAUGCGAAGGGAGAUGAAUAAGCAGAUGAUGACGAAAAUUAAUGUCUAUUUAUUAGCCUUUUUGCACUAUAAUUAUUCUGCAAAUAUAAAUACUGAUCAUCGAGGAAAAAGCGAAGGGGUUUGUACUAUAAUUAUGUCGAAAGUGGAGGUGCAAGAGGUACAAAAUACGAAUGAGAAGGGAGAUGAAUAAGCAGAUGGUGACGAAAAUUAAUGUCUAUUUAUUAGCCUUUUUGUACUAUAAUUAUCUUGCAAAUAUAAAUACUAAUAAUCGAGAAAAAAGCAAAGGGGAUUUUUUUUCAA